AUGAAGUUGUUUGCCGCCGUCGUCGUUGCAUCCGUUGCCACAACCAAGCAGUCGGUGACCACGCUCUCGUCCGAUGAACGCAGGACGCUGCGCGCGGAGUUGGCCAAGUGGCGCAAGGAGUUUGGAGCCAAGGCCGCCGCCCGAGGUCUGAUGCCCCGCGUUGCCAAAAGCAUGAGCCCGUUGGAGGCGGAAACGGACGCGCUCCAGCGCUUCUACAACAACAAGCUCGCGAUCGAGGAAGCCCGGCGCAACAACCCCCGAGCCACGUUCGACCAUGACCACCCGUUCGCUCUCUUGACCAAAGACGAGUUCAAGCAGCUCGUGGUGGGUCGAUCGUUCGAGCAAGGCCUGAGCGCCGCUCAAUCGGCCCCUUCGGUCAAGGUCGUCCGCCCCCGCGUCGAAGAGUCGAUGGACUGGACCACCACCGAGUGCGUGAACCCCAUUCGUUACCAAGGCUAUUGCGGAUCGUGCUGGGCCUUCUCGGCGGUGGGGACAGCGGAGUCGGCUCACUGCAUCAUGACGGGAGAACUGCUCGACUUGUCCGAGCAACAAGUGGUGAGUUGCUCGACCAAUGGCUACAGCAUGGGAUGCUCUGGUGGCUUUGAAGAUGCUGCGCUCGACUACAUCACGUCGGAAGGGCUGUGCUUGGAGCAUGAAUAUCCUUACACGUCCGGCGAAGCGAAUGACACCGGCGAGUGCUACGACUCGUGCACCAAGGUCAAGCUCGAAGUGGAGCCGACCGUCCGCGUGAAUGGCGAAGAAGACACGAUCAUGGCAUUGAGCUACCAACCAGCAACUACGAGUGGAUGA